AUGAAAAACGAUUUCGAAAGAGAUCAACGACACUUGCAAUUUAUUUGUCUUAUUUUUGGUUUCACUUUAACUAUGACAAAAAUGAGGAUUCUGAGGAAAUUGAUUGGUAUAGUGAUUAUUUGUUCUCUUAUGCAGAGAAGCUGCAGCAAGUAUUUAGAGGGUAUGAACGUGAAUUUGGGGGAUGCUGUACAAUUUCUUCGAGAAUAUGAUAGUGAAGCUUCCGCAAUGUGCACGAGAGUAAUGACAGCGCAAUGGAAUUUUGCAACAAAUGUCACUGAAGAAAACCGUCGAAGAAUGAUAGAGGAACAGACUUUGAAGUUGAAAUUUGACCGAAUUUCGUGGCGCAAGGCUGUCAGUUUCGCUUGGAGUCGAAUAGGAGAUCCCUUCGCUAAAAGGGAACUCAAGAUGAUCGCUAUCAGGGGACGAAAUUCUUUGACAGAUGACAAAUUUAAUGAGUUGCACAGUCUGAUUCUCGAAAUGAAGGAAAUAUAUGUGCGAACAAGGGUGUGUCCUUACAGAACGAUAGGUGCAAAUUGUGACCUGAAUUUAGAUCAUGAUGUGAAUAAAAUAAUGGCAAAAUCUAAGGACUAUGAUGAAUUAUUAUAUUAUUGGCAUGCUUGGCAUGAAGCUACUGGGCCUCAACUUAAAAAUAAAUACAUGAGAUACGUUCAACUAGCAAAUCAAGCUGCUAGACUAAAUGGUUUUGAGGAUGCAGGUGAUCAAAUGAGAGAAUUGUUCGAAGACGAAUACUUUCGACAGAACACAGCAGACGUAAUGUCGGCGAUCACGCAUUUAUACAAAAAUCUCUUUACUUAUAUAAGAACGAAACUAUUCGAAAGAUACGGCGAUAAAAUAAGAAGGGAUGGACCAAUUCCGGCGCAUAUUUUAGGAAAUAUGUGGGCACAAAAUUGGGAAGAUCUUUUCGACCUAGUACAGCCAUUUCCAGCAAGUAAAAAAUUAGACGUCACUUUGGAAAUGAUGAUUCGAAGAUUCACACCGUUGAGGAUGUUCCAAAUAGCAGAGGAAUUCUUUACUUCUCUUGGAAUGAAGCCAAUGCCACCUGAAUUCUGGAGAUUCUCGAUGUUUGAGAAACCUAUCGACAGGGAAGUCAAGUGUACUCCCAGUGCUUGGGAUUUUUGCAAUAGGAUGAAUUACAGCAUUAAGCAGUGUACGAGGGUUACGAUGGAGGAUUUACUAUCAACACACCAUGAGAUCGCUCGAUUGCAAUACUUCUUACAAUAUAGCGAUCAACCAUUAUUAUUUCGAAACGAGGCAAUUCCAGGAUUUUUCGAAGCAGUCAGUGACGCCAUUGAACUUUCCGUGUUCACCCCCCAACAUUUAAGUAAACUCGAAUUACACGAUAAUUCUACGGAUGAUUAUGGAAGCGAUAUCAAUUUCUUGAUGCUAAUGGCACUUCGUAAAGUUGCCUACAUGCCAUUUGCGUACAUAGUUGAUGAGUGGAGGUGGCGUGUAUUCAACGAGGGUAUUACGGAUAUGACAAAUAAAUGGUGGGAAUUAAGAUUGCAGUAUCAAGGAAUUGUGCCUCCAGUGCCACGAUCUGAAAGAGAUUUUGAUCCUGGAUCGAAGUAUCAUAUACCAGCUGACGCUCUUUAUGCCAAGUACUUUGUUGGUGUUGUCUUGCAAUUUCAAUUGUUCGAGUCUUUAUGUGAAAUAGCAGGCCACACUGGUGAUUUACAUACUUGUGAUUUUUAUAGAUCAAGAGAAGCUGGGAGAUUAUUAUCCGAUGUACUAUCAAUUGGUUCGUCCAGAUCUUGGAAAGAUGUGGUACGACAAAUGACAAGAGGUAGAACAAACAGGAUGGAUGCUAGUGCUAUAUUAAGAUAUUUCGAGCCCCUAAAUAAAUGGCUAAAACGACAAAAUGAAAUGGAACCUGUUGUUGGUUGGAUCACAAAUCGCGAUGACACAGCGUUGUUUUUUCACUGGUACCAAAAUGGCGCCCGAAAGAUCACCUCACAGUUAUUCCUCCCACUGGCCUUGAUUAGUACGCGAAUCUCAAUAUGUUAAUAGCAAAAAGAGAAGAUAAUAUAUCGCUGUAUAUAUAACACAAAUUAGAGAUUAUGUAAAUACUUUAUGAAAUCUUUGAACAACUACAUAAUAAGAUAUUUAUAUGUAUCUUGUAACUGUACUAUGCAAUUGAUGCCAAAAGAAGUAUCAUAUUUAUCUACAUAUUGUACCAUUAGUAUUUUACAUUAAAUUUAUUUAUAACUAUGCUUAAAAUGAUUUUGUUGUUUUAUGUUGUUAGUUUAAAAAUAAUAACCGACAAUUGUCUAUGAAGUUUCCUACCAAAAUAUCUUUUCAGUUGUAGCAUCCGCCUAUAUGCAUAUUAACGAUAAAGAAUUCGAUAGAUGUCUCUGCUAUCAUUCGUUACGUUUCGAUCAUCAAACUAGUCUUUUACAGUAAACGAUACGAGAAACAUGUGAGUUUUUGUUACUAUAUUUACGUAAUUUUUACAAACAUUACGUAGGCCAACGCCGGAAAAACUAAGUAAUCUUUCGGUAAGUUCUGUCCAAUUUACCUGUCCAAGACGUACAACUCGACAAACUCAGGACUGUAACUAACUCACAGUACAACUUGAAAGCACAGUUUCUUGGUUAGAAAUAGCCACAAUCGCUUUUUCGAAAAUGGAUGUGUCUUUCUGCCGGGGCAUAAGGUUCGCAACUACUUUAGGAUUUAGUCCCAUAUUGGUGA